CAUGCGCUGUGAGCCGCCUGUCUGUGUGGAUGAUUCGGCCUGAAGCAGCCAUGGCUCGGUUCCGUGUCUUCAUCCUGCUGCCGGUCAUUUUUCAGUCCGUGGCUUCAAUUUCGUUCUUUCUGCCGAUCAGGACGCGGAAAUGUCUGAAGGAGGAGAUCCAUAAAGACAUCCUGGUGACCGGGGAGUACGAGAUCAGCGAGCAGGCUAACAGCAAAGUGAACCUGAAGAUCACAGACUCGUCCGGUCACAUCCUGUACUCCAAAGAGGACGCCACGAAGGGCAAGUUUGCCUUCACCACUGAGGACUACGACAUGUUUGAGGUCUGCUUCGAGAGCAAGUCACAGAUGGCUAUAGGGCGAGUUCCUGAUCAGCUCGUUAAUCUGGAUAUGAAACAUGGAGUGGAGGCUAAAAACUAUGAGGAGAUUGCGAAGGUGGAGAAGUUGAAGCCCCUGGAGGUGGAGCUGAGGCGUCUGGAGGAUCUCUCCGAGUCCAUCGUUAAUGACUUCGCCUACAUGAAGAAGAGGGAGGAGGAGAUGAGGGACACCAACGAGUCGACGAACACGCGUGUGCUGUACUUCAGCGUGUUCUCCAUGUGUUGUCUGAUUGGUUUGGCCACGUGGCAGGUCUUCUACCUGCGCCGCUUCUUCAAAGCCAAGAAGCUCAUCGAGUAAAAAAAACAAAAACAACAAUAACCAGAACCGCCAAUCACACACUGGGAAGCCCUGCCCCCAGCUCCAUAUUACACCAUUACACGGUUUUUUAAUUUCCCAGUUUCACAUUGCUAGGGUGUGCACGUGCGAAUGUGUGUGUGCCUGUGCGCGAGUGUGUGCGCGAGUGUUCAUCAGGAGCUGGCACGGCGGCCAUGUUCAUAUUCCACUGUCAUGUUUUUGCUACAAACCCAAUUAAUAAUAAAAUGACAUGUUUAGUCACUUAUUUACAUUUUAAUUAUUAUUAUUUUUAAUCUCACACACCCCCGAGUGUCACUCCUUUCCUGUCUGAAGAACGCAUCCUUUUUUUUUUUUUGGAAGAGUGGCAAAUUUUUUGUACGUCUGUCUCUUUUUUUUUUUUUUUGUGAUACAGAAUAUUAUACAUAAGCUCCGCCCCUUUCAACUCUCUCUCUACCUAUACGUUAAUGAUAUUAUUUGAUAUUAUACUGAAGAAACUGAUGUUGAUACGGUGAUUAGUAAUUUUCCUGAAUGCUGAAAGUAUCUUCAGGACUUUUACAGUCGGCUGGAGGUCCAUUUUUAACACGAUUAAUUUUUUUCUUCUCAUAAACACAUCUCUUCAGUAAUAAGCGUGGAACGUUGUUGGAGAAUCUCGCCCCAAAAACAGAAACGUUAUGAUAUCAGUGUUUUGUGAAACAUGUUGUAAUGUCAUUAUGAGAUGAUAUUCGCGUAUCACUCACCCCUUUUCUACUUUCAUUAGUUUUUUUUGUUACACAGAGGAAAGUUAUUUGAUCUCCUGAUUUGGUUCUCCUGGUUCUCCAGGUUCUCCUCUCAUUAACUCUGGUUUGUGUUUGAUUUGAUGUUUCUGGUGGAGCUCAUUAGAGGGUAAUGGAUAAUUUGAUUUUAAUAUUAUUAUUAUUAUUAUUAUUAUCAUUUUUUCAGUCAGUAGAUGAUUGUUCACUGGUGGUUUAUUGAUUCUGUGGCAGUUGGUUUUCAUGAUUAAAGCUGGAUUGUCCUUCAAUAAACUUUGUUACUUAAAA